AUGCAGUUCACCAUCACCGCCGUUCUCGCCUUCGCUGCCACCGCUGCCUUCGCUGCUCCCCUCGAUGAGCGCCAGGCUGGACUCUGCGCUUCCGGCAAUCCUGUCUGCUGCGCUACCGACGUCUUAAACCUUGCCAACUUGGACUGCGCUCCUCCUGCCGUCACCCCCACCACCAUCAACGCCUUCAUUGAUGGAUGCGCCUCUGCAGGUCAGCAGGCCAAGUGCUGCCUCAUCCCCAUCCUCGGCCAGGCUCUCAUCUGCUCCGACGUCAACCCUACCGCUGCUUAA